GGUGUAAACAGUGUUAUAUGGAUUCGUACAGUAAUUUUAGCGAUGUUAAUCGCAUGCAGAAUUUUUAUCAAUAUAAUGAGCACAUGGAAAUUAUUACAGCGUCGAUGUUACGAUCUUCUUUCAUAUAAAUAUUCACUACUAGUGAUAUUAACAGCGUUUACUUGCAUAUUUAUCGGUAUUGUUCAUUUUGGAGAGAUGUGGCUAACUUGGAGUAAAGAAAAAUAUGAAGCAGUGUUUCAUUCCUUCAAUGACAAUAUAUUAGGUAUCUCCUUCCAAAAGAAGUUAUGUCAACAUGUUCCAAUAGAUGUUGUGUAUACUUGGGUUAAUGGCUCUGAUCCAGUGUUUUUAAAAAAUCUUAAAGAACAUGUUCCUAUUAUGGACAUUAAUACAGCUGCUUCCAGAUUUAGCGAUAAAGAUGAAUUGAGAUAUUCAUUGCGUUCAUUGGAAAUGUAUGCACCAUGGGUGAGACAUGUGUAUAUUGUUACAAAUGGCCAAAUCCCAAGUUGGUUGGAUAUGGAUAAUCCUAAAGUUACUCUUGUUACUCAUGAAGACAUAUUUUUAAAUAAAAGCGAUCUUCCAACAUUUUCUAGUCCAGCUAUUGAAAGCCAUAUUCAUAGAAUUCCUGGAAUUUCAGAUAAAUUUUUAUAUUUUAAUGAUGAUGUAAUGUUAGGAGCAGAAGUGUGGCCAGAAGAUUUCAUUACUCAAGCAAAUGGUCAAAAAAUAUAUCUUGCAUGGUGGGUUCCUGAUUGUUCAGAUGUUUGUCCUUGGGCCUGGGUGGGUGAUGGAUCAUGUGAUCCUGCUUGUAAUACAACAUUAUGUGAAUUUGAUGGAGGAGAUUGUGAUAGUACACCAGUUCCUACUGAUAGUGAAGCCCUUGAGGAAGAAGGAGAUUAUCCAAACAAGUUUUUACAAGACCCUCUAGAAGAUGCUAACUAUGGAUUAAAAUUUUUAAAUAUGUUACGGAACAGAAGCAUAGGUAAUAUAUUGAAUGAUACAGAACCAUUUACUCAACAAACAUUAUCGAACACAACUGUGAAUUUAAAGUUGAAUGUAAAUAAAUCUUAUAAUUCUGAAGAUAAAUACAUUAGUUCCAUUGAAAAAUAUUUUAAUGAACAAUUGAACGAAAAUGAUCAAGUCAUAUCUACUCAGAAAUCAAUGCUAUCAAAAAUGAUAAAUAAGAUAAAACUUCAAAAGUCAAAUAUCACUGAAAGACGUUUGCAGUUAAAACGUCGUUUAAAUAAUGAUAUUAUAAGCUUACCGCAAAUUAAUAAUACUAUAAAAAUCAGUCAUAAACCCAAUCAUUCCGACCAAUGGAAACUUAGAACCAGGCAACUUGAUACAUAUGCUGAAUCUUUGCUAUAUGUGAAUAGAAUAUAUAAUAUGGCAUAUGGAUUCGAACGUAGGAGAGUUCCUGCACAUAUGCCUCACUUAAUAGAUAAAUGGAUUGUUGCUGAUAUGCAAAAAAAAUUUGAACAUGAAUUUAAAAAGACAUCUAAUCAUAAAGUUAGAAACUCUGAGGAUAUGCAAUUUGCCUUCUCUUAUUUUUAUUUCUUAACCAGUGAGAAACGAAAAAUGCCAAUUGAAGAAAUAUUUGAUACAUUUGACACGGAUAAAUCAGGCACUUGGUCAGACAGAGAAAUUAGAACCAUUUUAUCUAGACUCUAUCCAUUACCUCUUGAUUAUAAUCUCGUUGUUGAAUUUGAAAAUGCAAUAAUGAAUUGUUCAAAUCAUGUACAAGUUACUGAAAUAUUAAACCCACCACCAGGAGAAAGAUAUUUAGAUUCAUCUCUUCCAAUUGUUUCUAAGGAAUUAAUAGCAAAAUGUGAACAGAUUUCAAGAAAGAUUGAAGCAAAAUUCGGCGAAGAAAAAGUCUAUCCACACGAAAUAAUUAAAGCUGGAAAACAUGAAAUAUUCGAAAUGUUAACGAGUAACGUAUCUUUAACAGUACAACUUUUAGACGAAAUACGCAAAGAUCCAAAGAAAUUCAUUUGUUUAAAUGAUGAUAUGGAUCCUCUUCAGCGUUCUGAGAACGAAAUAGUUCGGGCAUUAUUAAACGAUUUUUAUCGCUCUCUUUACCCAUUACGCAGUACGUUUGAAUUGCCUUUACAAUAUCGAAAUCUUUUUACUCACCGACACAAACUUUUUGAGUGGAAAGCUAAUCGAACAAAGGCCAGGAAUUUGUUACUAUGUGUUAUUCUUUUAUUGCUUAUUACUACUUUUUAUCACUUAUUUUAUCAUCAAGUGCGACGAUUAUUAAGAAUACGAGCACUACCCACUUUACUCGUGUAA